AUGUCCAAAAGGGGUCCUCUCUCGCUUUCCACAGCCCUGGAAAAUCUCGAAUGGCACGACGUCACUCCUGUGAUUGGUCGAGAGUUUCCCAAAGCGCAGCUGCUGGACAUGCUCGACAACGAUGCGAUGUUGCGCGACCUGGCCAUUACUGUCUCCGAGCGGAACGUCGUGUUUUUCCGUAAUCAGUCUCUGGACGCCGCAGGUAUGAAAGUUCUCGCUCAAAAGCUGGGCGAGUUGAGUGGGAAACCAGAGACUUCAAAGCUGCACAGACAUGCUCUGAGCAACAGUAAGCGAGGUGAUGAGAAUGACAACAAAACGCUCGACGAUGAGAUAAGUGUCAUCUCAAACAAGACCGCUUCUCAAUUUUUCCACGAAGAAGUUGAUCGAUUAGCAAGCGAAGGUUGGCAUGCUGAUAUCAGUACUGAGCAAGUGCCUUCCGACUACGCUGCCUUCAAGAUGCUGCAAUUACCCAGCACGGGCGAAGUGGGUGGCGACACUCUCUGGGCGUCGGGCUACGAAGUUUAUGACAGAAUGUCUGCGCCUUGGAAGCGAUUUGCCGAACAACUCACUGCCACUCAUCGAGACAAUGUGUUGAUUGACAUUGCGAAGAAAGACCCCAGUCUGAUGCUUGAUCGAGAUCGCGGUUCUCCUGAAAACAAGGGCCUCGAAUUCACAGUCUCACAUCCCGUUGUCCGUACCAACCCUGUGACCGGCUGGAAAUCAUUGUACGGGGCUGCCGGCCAGAUUGGCGAUGGUUGGAUCGAUGGUAUGCGGUCUGUCGAAAGCGAACUUCUGAAAUCGUUCUUCUUGCAGUUGAUCGCGCAAAACCACGAUCUACAAGUCCGAUGGCGAUGGUCGGUCAAUGAUGUUGCGAUCUGGGACAACCGUUCCACUUUUCACUCGGCCACAUUUGACUAUCAAGGUGUGCGUUUAGCCCAACGCGUGACGUCGGUGGGCGAAAGGCCAUUUUAUGACCCGCAGUCAAUCAGCCGACGCGAGGCAUUAGCUCUUCGAAGAGGUCAGGUGAAUUAG